UGAGUAAGACAACCUGUCAACAAACUGUCAGAUUAAGUGUCAAACGCUUUAGGUGUGGUACGGAUAAUAUAAAUUUUAAGAAAUUUCGAAACAAUGUCGGCAACCUUAAAGCCAUAUUUAACAGCAGUUCGCCACACGCUUACUGCGGCGAUGUGUUUAGAGCACUUUUCGUCACAAGUGGUAGAGCGAUACAACAAACCCGAGGUCGAGGUUAGAACAAGCAAAGAGCUCCUACUGAAUCCAGUGAUAAUUUCACGAAAUGCGAACGAGAAAGUGCUGAUCGAGUCGUCAAUAAACUCUAUUAGAGUGAGCAUUAUGAUUAAGCAAGCAGACGAGAUCGAAAAGAUUCUGUGCAAAAAGUUUAUGCGGUUCAUGAUGAUGAGAGCGGAAAACUUCAUCGUAUUGAGGCGGAAACCGGUUGACGGAUAUCAUAUCAGUUUCUUAAUAACAAAUUUCCACACCGAGCAAAUGUAUAAACACAAGUUGGUCGAUUUCGUGAUAUACUUCAUGGAGGAAAUCGAUAAGGAAAUUAGUGAAAUGAAACUGGCUGUAAACGCGCGCGCCAGAAUCUGCUCUGAGGAGUUCUUGAAGAGAUUCUAAACUUGAAUUUAAACGUAAUCGCAUGGGUAUGACUAAUAGGAAUAUGAAGUAUGUAGUGCUACACUGUGAAUUGGUGUAUUUUCCUUAUGGCUGAUGUAUGUUUGUAGACAUUACACACAGUCCCUUAUUGAAGGAAUCCUAACCAUUGCAAUAACUUUAACCUGGUUAUUAAGGGGUAAUGCUUGUGUAUUAGUCUUAAAGGGUGAACCUAUAUAUUCAUGAACAAUUACUCAAUAUAUUAAAUACUUAUCUGAUGCUUUUUGAUUGCAUCUGUUAGGCAUGUUUUUUAAUUUAUAAGCAGUAUUGUUUUAAGUAUGUAAAGUUAUCAGAAUUGAGAUAGCUUAAUUAGUAUCAUUUCAUUUUAAAUAUUAAGGAGAGUAUAAUAUAAAAAAAGAAUUCCAAAAAACUUGAGGCAUUUAAAACUUCAUUUUGACUUGUAAAUGAUGAUUGUAUUAUACAUUUUAAUAAAAUAUUUUUAUUAA